AUGGCUGAUGACACGACAAGUGAUGUGGAAUAUCAGUUACCAUCCGCAACUGCUCGACUGGUUAUGAGAAGCUCGGCUGAACUUGGAAUCAACCUAACAAUAUACCAGGGUCGAGGGGAGUUCGUUAGCCGCUACAGUCGAGGCGAGAAGCUUGGUGGAGGUGGCUUUGGCAGUGUCUUUCGCGGUAGUCGACUGGAAGACGCCUGUGAUGUGGUCAUCAAAGAAGUGAACACAAACAAGGUCCCCUGCUGGUGUGCUAAGUUCAUCGGCUUUGUUCCUGCGCCUAACUCAGCCCACACCCUAUUCUUCUUCCUCUUCCAGCUCGACGGUGUUCUUGUUCCCAUCGAGGUCGUCCUCCUGCAGAUGUGCCAACACCUUCACGGUGUUGUGCGGAUGAUGGAUGUAUUUAACUUGGGCGACACCUGGGUCAUUGUGAUGAACGGCAUCAGCAACUCUGUCUGCGAUAUGUUCGACUACAUUUGCGAGCGUGGCACACUGGCAGAACCCGAGGCGGCCUUCUUCCUGUACCAACUCAUUGGAAUUCUUUUUCAAUGUCACAAAGCGGGUGUUUUGCACCGCGAUAUCAAGGACGAAAAUCUCCUGAUUGACCGCAGCACAAAUGAGCUGACGCUUAUUGAUUUUGGCUCGGGAGCUUUCCUGCAUAACGACCUCUAUACAGACUUUGAUGGAACACGUGUCUACUGUCCUCCUGAGUGGAUUAUUCACAGUCAGUACUACGGUAAGCCGGCUGAAGUCUGGUCAAUCGGCGUCCUCCUCUAUGACAUGCUUUGCGGCGAUGUGCCAUUCAUUAACGACAAGGGCAUUAUCAGUGGACGUCUCAAAUAUCGUCGAGAGGGACUUUCUGAGGAAGCCAAACACCUAAUUGGGUGA